AUUCGUAUAUAUUAUCAGAUUUUGUGGAUAAACCAAUAAUAGAUGGUUGAGAUGACGACGGCAGUUUAUCCGAUUGAUCGGAAAAGCGGUUUCUGUUCAAAGACGACGACCUUUCACAGUCUCCGGCCGGCGGUCCAUCUACCGCCGCCGUCUCAAUCCAUCUCUCUCGCUGAAUACACUUUCUACCUCCUCCAUCAAACCACCGCCGGCGCAUUCACCUCGUCCUCUCCGCCGGAGACACCUUUCCUCAUCGAUUCAUCCACCGAUCGUCGUCUAACCUACUCCGAUCUUCUCCAACAAACAAGAUCACUAGCCACAUCUAUUCAAACUCUUGUACCUUCUCUGUCAAAUAACGAUGUUGCUUUCAUCCUCGCUCCACCGUCGAUUCACAUUCCGAUUCUCUACUUCGCUCUGUUAUCGAUCGGCGUCACUAUCUCUCCGGCGAAUCCACUCGCAACUGAAUCCGAAUUGGCUCACAUGAUUAAGAUCAGUAAACCGGUUAUCGCAUUCGCAACUCGAGAAACAUCUAGUAAGUUACCUUCGUUUCCAUUCGGUACUGUGUUAAUCGAUUCAACAGAUUUCAACAACAUGAUGCAAUCCAAAUCCAAUCACAAAUCGCUUAAUCGAGAGGUUAAAAUCAACCAAUCCGAUUCAGCGGCUAUACUUUAUUCAUCUGGUACAACUGGACGAGUUAAGGGAGUCGAAUUGAGUCAUCGGAACUUCAUAGCGAUCAUCGCUGGAAUGUACUAUCUCCGUAGGCCAAGAGAUGAGACGGAGAAUGUUACGAAUCCUGUUUCCUUAUUCCCGCUUCCUCUGUUUCAUGUAUUUGGAUUUUUUAUGCUUGUUAGAGCGGCGGCAAUGGGAGAAACCCUAGUUCUUAUGGAGAGGUUCGAUUUCGAAAGGAUGUUACGGUUUGUGGAGAAAUAUAGAGUUGAGUAUAUGCCUGUAUCUCCUCCGCUUGUGGUUGCGUUGUCUAAAUCGGACAUUGUUAUGAACUACGAUCUCAGUUCGCUUAAGAUUCUUGGCUGCGGCGGAGCGCCGCUGGGGAAGGAGGUGGCGGAGAAGUUCGCCGUUCGUUUUCCCGACGUUGAGAUAACUCAGGGAUAUGGUUUGACUGAGACUUCAGGUGCCGCGACAAGAAUGAUAGAUGUGGAAGAGACAAAGCAAUAUGGAUCUGCUGGCAUGCUUGCUGAGAAUACAGAGGCCAAGAUAGUUGAUCCGGGCUCUGGAGAGGCAUUGGGGCCAGGACAAAGUGGUGAAAUAUGGUUGCGAGGACCGACCAUCAUGAAAGGUUACAUUGGAGAUAAGGAAGCAACUGUUGCAACAAUGGAUCCAGAAGGAUGGUUAAAGACUGGUGAUCUCGGUUAUUUCGACGAAAAUGGUUUCCUUUACAUUGUUGAUAGGUUAAAAGAAUUGAUCAAAUACAAGGCUUAUCAGGUUCCCCCAGCCGAACUGGAGCAUUUACUUAAUACUCAUCCUGAAAUCGCUGAUUCGGCUGUUAUUCCGUAUCCUGAUGAAGCGGCUGGAGAGAUUCCAAUGGCUUAUAUUGUGAGGAAACAGGGGAGUAGUAUCAGUGAGGGACAAAUCAUGGAAUACAUAGCUAAACAGGUUUCGCCUUAUAAAAAGAUUAGAAAGGUUGCAUUCACGGCUGCUAUACCGAAAUCUCCUACGGGGAAGAUACUGAGAAGGGAGCUUGUCAACCAUGCUGUUUCUGCGGUUUCUUCUAGACUAUGAUCGUGUCCAGUCCAUUGUUUAUGCUAUUCAUAUAACUUCAAAUUGGUAAUGAGUCUAUUUAAGGAAUAAGAAUGAAGAUUCACAAAUCCUGUUGAAAGUAAAUGCACAGGUAAAUGUGGUUCUAGUUUGUAUUUGUUUUUCAACUUUCUCAUGAACCAGCACUGGAGUUAGUUCUGCUGAGGAAUUUGCUCGUGUUGGAAAAAUAAAUAACAUUAUUAGUACCAAAAAUAUACAAAUAAAUAUUUAAACAAUUUUAUGUCUA